AUGACUCGGUUUAAGACCAGCUCAUCGGGAGGUUUUCCUCCCGAUGAGCUGGUACACAGUCCAGCCCAUCGGGAGGGACCUACCAAGUCCACUCCAGAUCGGUCACAAACUCCAAAAAAACGUUCCACGGGCGAUUGGGUACACGACGAAAGCUUGAUAGCUGAGCAACUGGCGCGUAGCUUGGCCUUCCUCGGACCGCAAGGGAAUCAAGACCUGCGAAAUGCGUUCGUGAUCAUCAUUGGUCUUGGUGGCGUCGGUAGCUCCGCUGCUACUUCCCUUGUUUGUAGUGGAGUCGGCAGAAUCAGGUUAAUCGACUUUGAUCAAGUUACUUUAUCUUCGCUAAAUGUAAUCCAGUCUCAAAAUCAAAACCAAUCAGUCGUCAAAAAAAAGCCCAACGUUUGCGCCUUCCUAAUUCUAAGAGAUUAA